AUGAGUUCAUCUUCAGAGAUAAAUCAUGGGGGAGAAAUUCGUGGAUUCCCAGUGAAGUGUGAGUGUGGUUUACGCGUAAAGCCUUACCUAUCGAAUACACAAGAGAAUCCAGGAAGACCUUUCUACCGUUGCAUAACCAAAAAAGAUGGACAUUUAUUCAAGUGGGUUGAGGAUGCUGUGUGUGAAGAGGUUGAAGAUGCUAUUCCAAAAAUCGAAAUCAUUGGCAGGAAGCUUACUAAUACCAUAAGUGAGGUAGAUGAGUUAAAGACUUUGAUUAAAGAUUUGAAAGAAGGUGUAGCAAGGAGCGAGAUGGAAAUAAAGAAGUGGAAAGCGUUGAUGAUGUUCUUUGAUGUUUCUUCUAUGUAUGUCAUGUAUGUCGACAUUGUUGUUGUCUUUGAGUUUGCAUUUGACAUUGUUGUUGUGUUUCAGUGCACUAGGUAUGGUAAUGAGACAUUCAUGUUUGUUUCAUGA